UUUGACUGGGUAUCGUACCGGUUUGUUAUUCUUCCAGUCAACGGUAAUAGUCACUGGAGCUUUCUUGCGGUUGAGAAUCCCCUGGAGGGGGGCGUCAUUCGGCUGUAUCACGUUAAUUCUGCUAUAGAAGCGCAUGACACGGCAAACGUGUUUUCCUUGAUGCAGUGUUGUCACGCCUGCCCUACCAAGCCUCAGCAGCAAAACUCUGUUGAUUGUGGAAUUUAUCUGCUCUACUUCAUCGAAAAGAUAUCCAAA